AUGAUACCCCAUGACAGGGGGCUGGAGCAGAAAGAGGACGAGGUGUUCAAUGGACGAGUCGUGGACGAGGUCGAAAAGGAGACGUUCCCAUUCCAAUUAGGUGGCCGUAUUCGUCAACAACUCGUGGCCAGCCGCGCGGCGGCAGUGGAGGCGAAGCACAUGCAACCGGCCAACUUACUGCGGUCUGGACGUUUGCGUCCGGUAGAAAAUAAACAGGAGCCUACCUCAAGCAGACCUCAACAGCCUCGCAAACACGACAGCAACGCACCAUCGCAGGCUCCUGCAAGACGCAGACUGCCUACCGUGAAGAUGGCUGCCGUCGCGACCAACGGUACUGCGGCGUCGACGCCAAACCUCUCCGACGAAGUCAGCAAGCCUCCGGAGGGAAUCGUCUUGCCUCCCAAGGAUAUUCGGGCUAUUGUUGAGAAGACAGCGGGAUAUGUCGCUCGAAACGGCCCAAUCUUCGAGGAACGUGUCCGCGAAAAGGAGAAGAACAACCCGAAGUUUUCAUUUCUUAAUCCAAACGACGCAUAUGCACCGUUCUAUCGAUGGCGACUCACGGAGAUCAAGGAAGGGAGAGGGACUGCUGUUUCAGCGGGGCGACCCGGAGAAGCGCAGGCGCGUGAGCCGGAGAAGCCCAAAGGCCCAACUCAGCCUCCAGAGUUCCAUUUUUCCGCUCGAAUGCCGAUUAUCAAUGCACAGGACUUGGAAGUGGUAAAGCUGACGGCGCUGUUCGUGGCUAAGAGAGGCAAGUCCUUCAUGACGACAUUAUCGCAGAGGGAGGCGAGGAAUUUCCAGUUCGAUUUUCUGCGACCACAGCACAGUCUUUACCAGUUCUUCACGCGAUUAGUAGAUCAGUAUACUAUCUUACUGCAGAAGGACGGUGUUGACGAAGCUACAUCGGAGAAACGCCGCUUGGCAGAGUUGGAAAAGAAUGUGAAGAACAAAUAUCACAUCCUGGACCGGGCUAAGCAACGGGCAGAGUGGGUGAAAUACCAGGAACAGCAAAAGCAAAAGAAGGAAGAGCAGGAAGAACAGGAACGCAUCGCUUAUGCGCAAAUCGAUUGGCAUGACUUUGUCGUCGUCGAGACGGUCCUCUUUACCGAGGCCGACGACCAAGCAGAACUGCCACCCCCAGCGAACCUGGGUGAUCUGCAAUCUGCAUCACUCGAGCAGAAGGCGAUGAUGUCUCUCAACCCACUUCGUAUCGAGGAAGCCCCGCCAACAGACCAGGAUACACCUAUGUAUUACAAUGCAUACCCGCCUGAGCCUCAAGCUGCACCAGCACCUCAACCAGCCGUUGAACAGCAACCUGCGCAGCCUCAGCAGGCACCCGUUCCUCCAACAACGGCGGACACCACGCAGCAACCUGCACCUGCACCGCCUGUUUCCGCAGCAGCAGAAGAGGAAGAGCGACGGAUCCGUGAGCGAGCAGAGGCACGCGAACAAGCCGCCGUCGCUCAGGCAGCAGCCAAGGCUGUUCCAGGACAGCAACCCAUGCGGAUUCGCUCCGACUACGUGCCUCGUGCACAAGCGCGGCGGCCCAACCCAUCGGCAGCCACCGCGCUCUGUCCCAACUGUAAACAGCAAAUUCCCGUCAAUGAACUCGAGCAACACAUGCGUAUCGAGCUCUUGGAUCCGCGCUGGAAGGAGCAGCGUGCUAAGGCUGAAUCGCGUGCUGCAACGACCAACCUGUCUACCACGGACGUGGUUAAUAACCUGAAGCGUCUCGCCAGCCAGCGUAGCGACGUCUUCGAUUCUACGCCUGUCGUGCCUGGCGAGGGUGGUGGACCUACCGACCCAGAGGAAGAAGCGAGGAGGAAGCGAGUGGCAAUGGGAUCCGGACCCCCUGGAGUCCCCGGCUAUGAUAAUAGUACCACUGGUGCCCCUGGCGUCGUUCCUCCUCCUUCAUCCAUGCCAACAGUCGGCCCUGUCGGCACCGUACCGAACCCUCAGACCAUGAACAUCCAAGAACAAAUCCGCAAUAUCCACGAAAGAUACGGCAGUGGUAGUAGUACUAGCGGUACACAACACCCUCCCGGUAGUGGACCCUCUCAAUAA